AUGGAUUCAAAGAAGGAUUCGAUUUCCAAAAAAGAAUACGACUUCUUUAUUAAUGAAGAAAGGCCGACACCAACGGCAUUUUUCAAAAAGUUUAAUUGCACGUCGAGGAAAACAGCUGUGUCAAUUUGGCAUUCUGCUCUCAAGAAGGUCCUCACAAUUCGUGAAGAUAAUCUCAAGCUUGUUAAGAUCGAGCAAAACUAUAAAGAUGGUAAAUAUAAGCAAGCUAUUGAAGAUUAUUUUAAAACAAGCGUUCUUGAAAAGGAAAAGACGUAUGUUGAUAAGACAUUAACAAAAAAAACAAGUAAAGCAAUCCAAAGGCGCAUAAGUGAUAUCCUUCCGGAGGAAACCAGUGAUCAAGUUCGCUCGAAAAAACCUCGUCUCGUAGAGGAGUCGCAACAGAAUGACAAUUCAAUAUUAAUGUCAGCAGAUUCGAAAAUACAUCAAGGGAGUCAUAGUAAAAUUUUACCGCUCUCUUCAAACGGUUCUCCAGCUUCGUUUUCGUCAUCAGCUGAUCCCUCUUAUCGUGAAGAAGAACAAUAUUUCAAUGCUAAGAAAGAACGGUACCGAAUUGGGUACUCAUGGAAGAAUAUUGUUGAUAGUAUAGAUUUCAGGAAUACCUCUAUAAAUGACUGGGUCUUUGAAGGAUAUAAUCUCUCCCUAGAGUUCAGAAGUUUUCAGGAAUCGACAAUUACACAAGUCAAAAAAAAUCCAUUUCUAUGUUAUCAAAAUGAUGUACAGAAAAUCCUGUAA